AUGAGUACAGAGGUGACUUGGUGGUUGACCAUGCAAAAGUGCGCGAAAAAUGGCGUGGUGUUGAGUACUGCUCGAAAAAUGCGGGCUUCAAACCUUCGAUCAAGGCAUCAACAAAAAGUCGCAAUGCAUGAGCGCUCAUUUUUUGUCGAAGUUUUGCUGCAUAUCGAUUUGGAAGCUUAUUGUCGGACUAUCGUCUCGGGUGAGAAGACGGUCGCCCUGAAUGACCGAUUCUAUUGCGAAAAAUGCGUACCACCACAGACAUCUCCGGAUGAUACGAUGCCUAACCACUUCAACAAGGAACCUCCCUCCACGCAACCUCAAUCAGAAUCGGCAGAUAAAUCGCCUAGUAAAUCCAAACCUCCCCCCAAAAGUUCCUCCCUUCCUCGGCGUUUUGGUGACAUCUUUCGAUCAAAGAAGGCUCGCUCCCGUACCCUUCAACCAACGGAUCGCAAUUCGAAGGCGGACUUUACUGAUGCAACUGCCAAGAAUAUGAACUUGACGUAUGGAACGGGCGCGCUUACAGUUGAUGUUGGUGAAAAAGAUGCAACCAACACCGAUUCCGCAAUUCUCAAGAAAUUCGAGGAGGAGCAGAGUCCUUCCUACAGUCUCUACUCAGGCGAGGAUGCGCUUUCAGCCAAGAGGCAGAAGGAACUGCAAGAAGCCGACCGAAAUUUACGUCCCUUUGUCGUUCACAUCUUCUCCGGCUCCUUGAUUGAUUCUUUUCAGUUCAUGCCGGGAGAUAGUUAUCCAAUGUCGCACAGUAUGAUUGCAACAACAACAACAGCAGGAGGAGGAGGAGGAGUGCCUUAUUCUCUCGACCCCGCUCUCACGACGCCCUCCAUGCUGAACACCCUCUCUGGAGACACCUCUACACUUCUCUACGGAUCCGUUCGUCGAAUUUGUCCCCCUGGUGUAGAUUAUGGACAUCAGUACCCUCUCUCCUAUCUUCGUCUAGCUGAACAGGGCUAUACGGCGAUAACCAGCUCUGAUCUCCUCAGUUCUAAUUCUCCUCUCUCAUCUGCCACUCCGAAUUCCUUACGACAUCCACCAACGUCCACUCCUGCGCCCAUUCAUCAGCGCCUUUCUCGUCGAGAUAUGCCACCUACUCACCAAUCCCAGUCGAGAACCCUACCGGCCAAUCCAACUGAGGCUAGCAUUAUUAGACAGAAUGUAGGAAGUGCCUACAUGGAUAUGAGAUAUGCUCCUCAAGUAUUUGGAGAAGUUAAUGGUGGGCGACCGGAGAAGGAUCGAUACACGAGGUAUCGGCAGAUGUCGCCUGCGGGGAGUUCUCUAGGGAGGGCAGUCAGUUCUGGACGCGGCCCGAACUUCCUUAUCCCAAAAUCACGUGAGUUAAUACCAAUGUUUUUUUACUAA